UCCAGUUAAAGGUCACAUAGUCAAAGCAACAGUAAACCCGUAUAAAUCACAAGGAUGUUUGUAAAUAUUUAUUUACUUGGCAAAGUCAGCACUUAUCCGCCUCUGUAAAAGUCGUAUAUACCGGAUUUCAAAAAUCGUAUUUUGUCUCCUAUUAUGAGUUGCAACUUUUUGGUAACAACCGUUCUGGUUCUGGUUAUUAUUUUAUCAUUAACGAACCGAUGACAUGUAAAUGUGCAUUAUGGGGCAAUGUUCUAAAACCAGACAAAGGAGAAUAGAAUGAGGUCGGGAGAUUGUUUACCUUUUCAAUUCUGAAGUUGCAAUGUAUACGGCUUCAACAUCUGAUUUCAGAAUCCCCUUUUUUCUGACCAUGCUUCGAAUGACCAGUAGACCGUGUGAAAUAAUCCGGACUUUCGUGGACAGACGGAAGACAAGACAAUCCUUCAACCUGCCAUUUCUGUGUUUUGAAUUCGAGCCUUAGUGGAUUGUUCGAUAAGAUUAAUGUGCGUAUUUCCCUGUGAUUUUUUUCCCUGCGAUGCAUGACUAGAUGUGUAAUUGUUUCAUGCAGUGCUUAUUGUCCAAAGUACUUCCUUCAGUGACAAGUAGGCCUAUAUUGGUUCAUGUCAUCGUUUGAUAAUUAAGAUAAGGCGAAUGCGUGGGAGUUUUCAGAUCACGUGACUAGAAAAAAGCAGACGACAUUCGAGUUGUAGUCCGUACCGCGAGGGAUCGAGUCUGCAAGUCAGUCAAUAAGCUCUCAGACGAUAAUUUGGACGUACAAACUGUGGCUCCUAAACAUCAGAUCACAUGUGCAUUUCGACUUGUACAAUGAAUUCUCUUCUGCUUGCCGUGAAGGCCAACGAUGUCAGCGAAAUCCAGCGUCUCUUGUCAUUCUCUCCUAUUUGUCGUAAACUUGUCAACUACCAAGCACCGCAGAACCAUGAAACACCAAUUUUCGUCGCCAGCGUACGAGGCUACACCGGCGUGGUACAUUGGCUGCUCAACCGAGGGGCUCGGGUCGAUGUAACAACAAGCUGGGGUGCGACUGCCCUUCAUGCUGCAGCCGAAAGGGGUCACGAUUCAAUUGUCAAGCUUCUUGUUGAGCAGAAAGUACCCCUCCACAUCCAGACACAGUAUGGAGACACUGCCCUCCAUCUUGCAGCCUAUAGGGGCCAUCAUAGGGUCAUCUUACUCCUCCUCGCUGCGGGAAUAGACACCACGAUCACCAACUCAAAGGGUAGGACAGCCGUGGACGAAGCCGAGCUCGCUGGUCAUCACAUCAUCUCAAAGCGGCUGAGAUGCGAGAGACCCUCACGAUCAGGUGAAAAUCCGGAGGGAGAGAGGUACCAAACAGCGUUUGGAUCUUCGAGAACAGAGCUACUAAAAAAUAAACCAGCACCGCAAAAGACGAACGUGACGGCGUGGGUAGACAACACUCCUGGAGAAAUUUUACCGUGUAACCCUCCUUGUGAUAUCGGGUUAGCUGACGAGAAAUACCCUGGUCAACUGGACACCCAAGCCCGCACGAAGAAAUGGGUUCUAACCGCUUCGGCUGAACCAAUGAAAACAUCAUCAAACGUCCAAGGUUCACAGACGAAGGUUGAGUUUCCCUGCGACGAGGAGACCGUGUUCACUCGUCCUACCCCAGUGACGUCAUCUAACACCGGUUCCAAGGUGAAACCGAUGAACUUCUCAAGGCGAAAGGCAGCGAUGCUAAAAGACCUCGGAAAGAGCCAUUCAUGUGAAGGAAUCUGUAUGGAGACAAAGAUUCCUCGUGAAAUGCUGCUACCAGAUGUUGACGAUGUCACGACAAGACCGCAUGCACGAUGUCGACGCGUUAACAGUCUAGAACGCGCCGUGGAGGAGCUCCAGGACGAGCUCAGAACGACACGUGAUGAGAUGGAGCGUGCCAAAGCCGACAUCAUUGACAUCCAUGACAUGAUGAGGCUAUGCUGGGCACGGGGUGGUGCUGGAGCGGUCUUCAGCGAUCGUGCUGCAGCCUCAGAAGCAUCAAGGAUAGGUCAACGAUUUGUCAUAAGCCCUGUGCCUAGUGACGUCAUUGGUCCAUUUUCAUCAAGAAGGCAUUCGAAUCCAUUUCAAAUAGACCAAAGCAAAGAAAUUUCUCAAAGUGAUGCCGAGUGCAUGUCUGAAUAAGAUCCCAAUUAAACACUCUUAAUUGGGCAACAUACUUUCCACACAAUUGGUUAAAAAAUAAAAUUUAUCCAACUCCCGGGAUCCAACUCUGGGUAGUUUUUAACCAAUACUGUGUAGUUUUUCACCCAAAGCACACAUUAUUGGUUUAAAACCACCAAGAAUUGGAUAAAGUUUUAACCAAUUGUUGUGUGGACUGUAUGUUGCCCAACAUUUUUAAGAGUGAAGCCUUCACUACACAUGUGAAAAUUACAUAAAAACAACACAUUAUGGUAACCACAUAUGGGAUUUCAGAGGACCCUAGUUUUGUUCAUUAUCGCAUCGAACACUUGUGUCUUUUGUUGGUGAUAAUCGAAACAUUUCAUUUGGGCUAUUUGCCAUAUAGCUUUUGAACGUACAGCAGAAUUAUUCAUCUCCCGCUAUGAUAUGUUAUUAUCUAUGCAGUAUUUUUUUCAAGCAAAUAAUCUUUUCAUUUUCUAA